AUAUACUAAUUAAACUCAGGUGGAUGGAUUGAUUGUGCAAAUUAAACCAGCAUAGGCACUGUCAUGCUUGACUAUGACCACCGUACCUCCUUGGGAGAAUUUGAGUCCCAGUUUUUUGGUGAUGCCAAAUCCCAGUACAAAGACCUGUUGUUUCUGAUGCCAAUGGGACUCAUGAUAAACCUAAAGGUUGAUGUAAUGCAAACCUUUGCUCAAGUCAAGAAUCAGUUGUGGAAGCAAGCUGAAAGCCUCCCAGGUUAUGAUACACUCCAUGUGCCAACUCGCUAUGCUUUCAAUUGUUACAACAGCAGACUUGAAAAAGAAGAAAUCUUUGACGAAAAUAUAAGAUUAUAUGAGUUCAAGAUCUUUCGCUCAAUCAUACUUGUUGUUGAAAAGAUUGGUGACAGAGAUGAAAAGUUACUCAACAUGAGAAUUGGAUCAAUCAUCUGCCUGCCUAUUUUCAGAAUUCUGAAUAUGAAUGGGAAAGAAGAAAAGGAUUUUCGAAGAAAUAUCCACUUGAUGUGUGAAGAGGUAGUGAAGGAAAGAAAGAAUGAGUCCAUUAUCCAACGAAUGGAAGAAGUUUUUCCACCUGUUCUUCUUCCAGAACUGUCCAAUGACAUCCUUGAAAACAAAGUUUCAAAGUUUCAUGUUCAUUUUGGGAGGUUUUCCAAUGCAAAUAAAUACAUAGACACAAUUAUUGAAACCUUGAUAGAUUGCCCCCCAACGCAAGUCAUACAAACAGCAUUAGACCGCUGGUAUCAGCUGCAUGAGAUCAGAGAUUCAGAAUACGACGCAGGACUCUACUUUCUGAAGGUGUGUGGUUCAGAAGAGUACUUGUACGGAAAUAACCAGAUUAUUCAUUUCAAAUAUGUUCAGAAGUGCCUGGCUGAUCACAAACUAGUAAGUGUAGUGAUAGUCAAGAGAGCAUCCCUAAAGGAGGUUCUUGCAGACAAGGGCUUCCAAAGGUGUUCCAGCCUGAGAGUUCUGGACAGAGAAGCUGACAGUAUUACUCAGAGACCUAAGGAUUUGUGGGAUGUAGAAGGGAAGUUCAGCAUAACCGUGGGGCACGCUAAACAUGUUUUGGGAGAGGAUGGGUCACAGUGGUUUGUGAAGAUGUGCUUGUAUCAUGGGGGAGAGCCACUCGUUGCUGAAGUCAAAACUCAAUCAUCGGGUGGUAUUGCUAUCCGCAACCCUGAGUGGAACGAGCUGAUGACCUUCGACAUUGACAUUGCUGAUCUGCCUAGGAAUGUGAGACUUUGCUGUGUCCUCUUCUCCGUUAAAAGAAGACGAUCUCAAUCGAUAGCGUGGGCGAACAUACCGCUCUUCAACUACCAAGGUCUUCUCAAAAGUGGAGAUGUUAAACUACAGAUGUGGGACUGUCAACUUUCUGAUGAAACAUUUAAUUACAUAGGCACGACCACCUCCAACACUAAAGACGAGUGUAUAACCCUAACCCUCAAGUUCCCCUCCAACAUUACCAACGUCAAGUAUCCGGAUAUGAAGCGCAUUUGCAGUCUCAGUGCUAUGUUGCUGACGGAGGCGCGGGAGGAGAGUGAACGUGCAAUUGCGAGACAUGGUCACGAGAAAGUCAGAUCUGAUGAUAAGAUAGUGUUCUGUCUCUCUCACGCUACAGACCCCCCUGACUCAUACAUCGUGAAUUUAACCAAAGUUGUGAGCAAGGACCCGCUUGAAGACAUAUUCGAGCAGGAGAAAACACUUCUCUGGCAGAUGAGGGUGUACUGUCAGGGUCAGCUGAAGAAUUCUCUUCCAAAACUACUGAAGAGUUUUGACUGGAGCGACCACAAGAAAGUUGCUAUCAUGAAGCAGCUGGUGAAGUCGUGGCAGCCCCUGGAUCCGGAGUACGCGCUAGAACUGCUAGAUUAUCAGUACCCUGAUGUGUACGUGCGUGACUUCGCAGUAGAGUGCUUGGAGAACCUGAGUAACUCGCAGCUUGGCUGUUAUCUGCUGCAACUUGUUCAGGUUCUAAAGUACGAGUCGUACCUAGAUAACAGUCUGACGAGGUUCCUUCUGAAGCGUGCCAUCAAGAACAGCAGGAUUGGGCACGCCUUCUUCUGGCAUCUCAGGUCUGAAAUGCACCAGAAGGAGUUGACUACAAGAUUUGGACUGAUACUGGAAGCGUACUGUCGAUCUAACGUAGCCAGAACAGAGCAGAUCUGGGCACAGCACAAAGCUCUGGAGCUGUUCCAUGGUGCUGCUAAGAAAGCAAAAGAAGAAACCAAGUUCAGUGAAGGACAGGCAGGUGGAGGAGAGUCCAACGUACUAGCCCAGGUCAGGCAGACUCUGAGUAACGCUAACGCUACACUGCUUCCUUACCAGGCCCUUAGUAACCCUACCUUUAAAGUCAGGAAAAUCGUCAUCGACAAGUGCAGAGUGAUGGACAGUAAGAAGAAGCCACUGUGGCUAACAUGUGAGAAUCACGAUGAUUUGGGAGAGCAGCUAAUUGAAAUGUACAAGGCUGGAGAUGACCUGAGGCAAGACUCACUUACUCUACAAACAAUUGGGUUAAUGGACGAACUGUGGCAGAACGAAAACAUGGAUCUCAAGUUGAGUGUGUACGGGUGUAUGGCUACUGGUGAGAAUAUGGGUCUCAUAUCUCCUGUACAGGACUCAGUUACUCUCUCUAAAAUACAGAAGAUAGGUGGCAAGACGGGCGCUUUCAGCAGUGAUAUUCUUUACAAGUGGCUAAAGGACGAGAACAAGAGCGAAGCAGCGAUGGAAAAUGCUAUAUCUAACUUUACCAAGAGCUGUGCUGGAUAUUGUGUGGCUACUUACAUAUUGGGAAUUGGAGACAGACAUAGUGAUAAUAUAAUGGUUACCAAAUCUGGAAAGCUGUUUCACAUAGACUUUGGCCACUUCCUGGGAAACUAUAAAUCCGUGAACAUCAAAGGACUUGGUAUUUACAAAAGAGAGCGUGUUCCCAUGAUAAUGUUGACUGAUUUCAUCACUGUUAUCACUAAGGGUAAACAUAGGGCCUUCAAUGAUAAGGCAAGAGACGAUCCUCUUUUCAAAAUGUUUCUAGAGACGUGUUUACAAGCGUUUAUAAUAAUACGCAACAAGAGUACGCUCUUUAUAAACUUGUUCGCUCUGAUGUGCAGUAGUGGCAUUCCUGAGCUCUCCAGUUUGGAAGAUUUGCGCUACUUGAAGGAUGCGCUUAGUUUAGACGAUACCGAGGAGGUGGCGGUACAGAAUUUCAAGAAGAAAAUGUUUGAAGCUCUGAAAAAUGAAUCCCAUGCUAAAUUGAACUUCUUUUUCCACAACAUUAUUCAUUGAUAUGGUAGCCACGGCAACCCUGUUGAUUGGCAUGCAAAUAUUUGAUUAUUCUGUUGUUCCAAUAUUUUUACAUCAAUGAUCAUUUUGACUUCAUGACUUUGUAAGACUGACAAAAACAUUUUCUUAGAUAUCGCUUGUCGCUUGAUAUUAAUCGUUAUUUUCCACUAUAUACUACCAUUACAACUUAUACAAUAUGUUAUGGGAUGUAAUUGAUGCUGUUUGUAUAAAAAUUCAUUUUCUACUCGAUGGCUGAUUGAUUUACAUUUUUUGAUUUAUGACAUGGCUUCCAUUUUAUUAACUAAUUAGAUUUUGUUAACAACUUUUUGUUAUAAAUCUAUUUUUAUUUUGGUUUGAUUUUAAAUGCUUUAUUUUGAUUUUUACAGUAUCAUACCAUCUGGCCAAUUUAAGGACAUUUAUGUGGUCAAAUACGUUUGGCUUCCUUUAACACUGUUUAAUUACUGUCAAGUAAAAUUUCAACUAUAUUAACGUUUACUUCUUUUGAUUCGACAAAAUAUAUUUGAUUUGCUUUGUUUUGGAUUUAUUCUUGUUAAA